UCGACGGGCCUUUUAUUCUGAAACGUGACCCGGAAGGUAUCAGUCGUAUCUGGGCCAAUUUUGAAUCGAGACAAAACGUCCCCACGGUCAGUCUCCCGAAGACAGCGACGGCGUUUGUUUGUCUUUUCCGACUCUGUGAGGAAGAUGUCCAGACUCCAGGGUCUGAGGGUUUUCGUCAGCCAGCGGCUCACCGCGGCCGUGGAGGAGAUAUUCGGACAUUUAGAGAAAACCAUCACCGAGUGCGAGGAGGAGAUGGACCGACGCCACCGUAAACUGCUGGACGUGGCUUUGACACCUGAAAUGAGGCAGCGAGUGUGUCCUGGAGACGUCCAGCAGCUGUUGGUGAGUAAAGAAGAGAUUCCCCCUGAGCGGCAGGAGUGGAGCCCCAGCCUGGACCAGGAGGACCCACCAGAGCCCCCACACAUUAAAGAGGAACAGGAGGAGCUCUGGACCAGUCAGGAGGGUGAGCAGCUUCAAGGGCUGGAGGAGGCCGAUAUCACCAAGUUCACAUUCAGUCCUGUCCCUGUGAAGAGUGAAGACGAUGAUGAAGAGAAACCUCAGACCUCACAGCUUCAUCAAAACCAAAGUGAACCUCUAGCCAGCAUCUCAACUGGACAUAUGAUCCAGAAAGAUCCAGACAGACAAUUAGAACUAGUUAGUGAUGACAAGGCUUCAAACUCCUCUGAACCCGAGACUGAAAUCAGUGAUGAUGAUUGUAAGGAGUCCGGAGAACCUCAGCCAGGUUUAAUCUCUUUGAAAAAUAAUGUUCCUGCGAGUGAUGUCAAAUGUAACGCUGCCAAAAAAUCAUUCAUCUGCUGUGAAUGUGGUAGAAAAUUUGGUCGCAAGGACAGUCUGCGGAGACACAUGAGGUAUCACACAGGAGAGAAACCAUAUAGUUGUUCGGUUUGUGGUAAAACGUUUUCCCAGAGGCCAAACUUAAUUCGUCACAUGAGAUGUCACUCAGGGGAAAAGCCUUUCAGUUGCUCGUUUUGUGACACAAGUUUUGCUGUGCGUAGCGCUUUGGUAAACCACAUGAGAAUCCACACUGGGGAGAAACCAUUUAGUUGCUUACAUUGUGAGAAAAGCUUUACACAAAAGGGGGGUCUGAAAAAACACAUGACCGUCCACACAGGAGAGAAACCAUAUAGUUGCCCGGUGUGUGAUAAAAGUUUUUCUCAAAAGGCAAAUCUGACAUAUCACUUCUCAGUACACACAGGACAGAAACAGUUUAGUUGCAGCAUUUGUGACAAAAGAUUCACUUGGCAGUCACAGGUCAAAAGCCAUAAGUGUGUCGGUGAGAGCAGCAUCAGUAACUGAAGCUGCUGAGCUGCUGGUUCAGCUGUAAAUAAACACUGAAGCAACUGGGGAACUUUCUGCUCUGAAUUUCUUACUUCCCACCACAGACAGUUCAGUCAGUUGAGGCAGGAACAACAUGGACGUUCUUAGAAUAUUAAAAUAAAACAAGAGGUCAUAGUAGAAGUAUUUAGAAUAUGAUGAUUUCUGUCCAGAGCUGAUUAAUGAAGUGUUGUAUUGAAAGUGCUGACAGUACUAUGGGACAUUUAUAGUACUACGGGGUGGGGGUGGGGGGUGUUACUGUCUCUGGACACAAUGGAUACAUCCCAGCUCCUUUAAUUGCAUCAUUUCCCUCACAUAUUUUCCUUAUAUAGUAGUUUCUUGCACUGAACACAGGAGGAGAGGCUAAAUAAUUUAUGAUUUAAUAAUAUUUAUGAAUAAUAAUUUUCUGUACUGCUUUGCUACUAUAGGUUUCCGAUCGUCAUGCCAAUAAAGCUUAUUUGAUUUGAAUUUGAAAACGAGGAAACAUUUUUAGAGAAAUGAAGCGUCCUUUCCUCUAAACCGCAACAUGUGUUUCUGAUGAGGACCACACAGCUGGAUCACAGCUGAAUCACAGCUGUCGAUCAGCUUUAACUGCUGUGGGACAGAGUUUGUAAUUGUUUAUA